AUGGAUGAUAUAAAUAUCACAGGGCUGGCUAUUGAACCAGCGGAAAAUGUCACAAAAAUGUUGACCCGAGAAGAGCAAAUGAGAGAAGAGCAUAGAAAAUUACACGAAUUGCAUAAAGGCCACGAGUCAAUGCAUGCUGAAAUGUUGAUAAUUUUAAUGAUUACCAUGAUUGUUGCACAAAUAGUGUUAUUAGAAUGGAAAAGAAGACAUUUUAAAUCAUUUCAAGUUGUGACAUCUUUAGCUUUAUGGUUAAUACCAUUUAUAAUGUCCAUUCGUAUGUCAUAUUGGAGAUUUAUUGUAUUUUGGACAUUAUUUUCAUUGAUCACAGGACUAGUCGUACGAAAAGCUUUAGAAAAACCUUUACAAGGAUCAACACCUAGAUUGGUGUACAAAUGGUUCUAUUUCAUCUACAAACUAACUUAUGUACUUGGUAUUGUUGGAUACUUUAUCAUGGUUGCUGCAUUCUUUGGAGUCAGUGUUGUAUUCAAUGUUAACCCAGCUGUAUGGAUGGAUUAUGGAUUGAUAAUUAUGUACUAUGGGUUGUAUUUUGGUGUCUUAGGACAAGAUAUUGCUGAGAUAUGUGCAUCUAAAAUGGCUGCACACUUGGGAUAUUAUACACCUCAAGGAAUGCCAACUAGAAGUUUGGAUAAAAAUAUUUGCGCUGUCUGUGGUAACAAAUUAUUAGUGAAUGCUGGUGAAGAAGGUAUAAUUGAAUCUACUUUCCAAUUAACAUGUGAUCAUACAUUUCAUGAAUUUUGCAUUCGAGGAUGGUGUAUUGUUGGUAAAAAACAAACAUGUCCAUAUUGUAAGGAGAAAGUUGAUUUGAAAAGAAUGUUCCGUAAUCCAUGGGAAAAACCUCAUGUUUUGUAUGGUCAACUAUUGGAUUGGUUACGUUGGUUUGUGGCUUGGGGACCAAUUAUAAUGAGUAUUAUACAAUUUAUAAAUUAUAUUCUUGGACUGAAAUAG